GCCCAACAAGCCAAAUUCCUCAGCGAUGUGGAGAACGAGCUGGAAGAGCUGACAGUCACCAUCGCACAGGCCAAGAAGAUGGUGGCGCUCAUUAAGGUGACUAAGCUCUUUACAGAAGCCUCCGAGGUCUUGGCGACCUUCCAGAAGGAGGUGGCCAGUUUCAUCGAGGACGGGGAGCGCUCCAUGCUGGGGGAGGCCGAGGCCGAUCUCCGCUGGAAGGAGGAGAGGCGAGCCAAACUGGCCCAGGGCAAGCAAAACCUGGAGAACAUCUCCAGCACCAACACCAUCUACUUCCUCCAGGAAUUUCAGGCCUUAAAAGUAGCCAUGGAAGAAAACCCUUCCCUGACUCUGAGCUUCCAGAACGAGCUGAACUUCACCAAAUGCACCCAAGCUGUGGGUGCCAUCAAGGAUGUGCUGUCUGCUGCUUGCAAAAACCAGUGGGAUCGCUUGCAGGGGAAAGGAAUUGAUGGGAUGAGCUUCCAGGAGAAGGAGGAAGCCCUGGCUGAGUCCCGAUUUCCGGAGAAGUCAAACAAUCCCGCCUGCCUGGAGAGCCGCGAUUACUUCCUGAAAUUUGCCUUCAUCAUUGACCUGGACAGUGACACAGCCGACAAGUUCAUCCAGCUCUUUGGCACCAAAGGGGCCAAGCGGGUGCUGUGCCCCAUCCCCUACCCAGAGAGCCCAAUUCGGUUCAUCAACUGCGAGCAGGUGCUGGGUGUGAACCUCAUGAACCGCGGCAACUACUACUGGGAGGUGGAGCUUAUCGACGGCUGGGUCAGCAUUGGCGUCAUCGCUGAGGACUUCGACCCACGGGAGUCCUACAACCGCGGGCGCCUGGGGCGGAAUGAGAAGUCCUGCUGCCUGCAGUGGAACGGACAGAACUACGUGGCCUGGUUUGGUGGCCUUGAGUCUGUCAUCGAGCAGCCGUUUUUCCACACAAUUGGGGUCUUCCUAGAGUAUUCAGAGAAGGCCCUGACCUUCUAUGGAGUCAAGGACUCCAAGAUGACCUGCCUGCAGCAGCUCAAGGUCUCCCAUUUUGCCAAGGGCCAGCUUGACCCCUUCCAGAACAAGAUCAACCACCAAUUUGCCUCUCUUUUCUUGUGCAAGCUGAAACCAGCAUUCUUCCUAGAAAGCGUCGAUGCCCACCUGCAGAUCGGGCCGCUGAAGAAAGAUUGUGUUUCGGUGCUAAAGCGUAGGUAA